AUGCGAAAGUCUCACAUAAACAGAAAGUCCAGAACCCCUCUUAGAAAUGUAGUUAUUUGGUAUGAACAAGAUAAGGUGACACCACACCCGCAUGCUGCUGCCUUCAUUACCAUGUUGAUUGUCACCUUCCUUUGCCGCCGCCUCCCUACUGCUGCAGGUCUGAACGGGCCGGGCUUCCCAUCACUAGACGCUAAGUACCAUCCUCAUUACACAUUCCAGCGAGGUGUGAGAGGUUGUGACACCUCCUUGCGCGACAUCAGGAAUAUAAUGACGCAAGUAGGUGAGGAGCGAGAGGAGUUAGGGGCGGUGGCAGGGCGGGGGCUGGGCGGGGGCUGGGCGGGGGCCGGAUUAAUGAGCACACUGGCCUCCCUCUCCACACCGGCCCUCACCACCUCACUCCUUAGUCUUCCCACACUUUCAAACACAUCAACAGAGAGCAACACAGACAUCAACAGAGAGGAACAAAGACAGACAUCAACAGAGAACACAGACAUCAACAGAGAGCAACACAGACAUCAACAGAGAGGAACACAGACAGACAUCAACAGAGAGGAUCAAUGGAAUUUUUUAUUUUGUGUUGAUGAUGAUGACAAUGAUGCUGAUGAUGAUGAUGAUUAUGAUGAUGAUGAUGAUGAUGAUGAUGAUGAUGAUGAUGAUGAUGAUGAAGUAACCUGA